AUGGCUGGACAGGUUGUAAGCCCAACGAUAGGGAGAAGCGGGGAAGACUUCCCACGCCUCAACGGCUCCAACUUCCCAGUGUGGAACGCUCGCAUCCGCGCAGCUCUCGACGGUCAUGGCCUGCUAGGCUUCAUCGACCAGGAGGACUACGACGGUGACUCGGACUCGUCCAUCGUCGACUCCGACGACGACCAAGACCUCAAGCCUUCCCACCCACCCUCGCCCACCAAGUCGGACGACCUGCUCUCCGACACCGGAACCCUGUCUCCAGACGGCGGUCUGGACGCCGAUGACGCCAAGCGCGACGACAGCACGUCCCAACCAAAGCCUGGCUCCUCGUCCGGCGCGUCGUCGGACUCUUCGUCGGGCAACUCCUCUGAGGCGAUGGCGACUGACCCUCAGUCGUCUCGCUCGGCCAAGCCCACCCCGCCGCCCCCGGUGAUCAAGUCCUUCACCGAGACCAAGCGCGACAAGGAAAGACGCCGAGCACUGCUCCGCGCACAGGCCAAGAAGGCUCGAGCGAAGCUCCGAGCGGCCAAGAAGCUCGCAAGCCGAGCACGCACGAAAGACCGCAAAACGCGAUCGUUCCUGAUCUCAACAAUCGAUGAUGCCCACGUGCUCCUCGUCGAGGGUUGUACUUCUGCCUACUCGAUCUACCAAAAGCUGCGUGACCGCUAUGAGGGCUCGACUGCCCACGGCGACCCGUACUACAUCAACCACUACUUGGUGACCAUCAAGUACGAGGAGGGUACGGAUCUGAUGGCGUUCUUCCUGACCUUCGAGCGCGCACUGAAGGCGGCUGCUGAAGCUACUGGCAUUGUGAUGACUGACGAACAGAAGUCACUCUAUCUCUAUCAUGCGAUGCCUAGUACCUGGAAGCCUGACCUUGCGAUUUGGAAGGGCAGCAAGAAGUUUAUCCCGUACACGGACCUCAAGACCAACAUUGAGCGUAAAGUGCUGGAUGACUACGCCAAGCGCAAGUACGUGAUUGAGAAUGGCAGCCCCGAGACCCCCGCCACGGCCAGCGAGACGGCACUUCAGGUCAUUGCGAACACACCUCAUGGCCGAGACGACCCGCCUCGUCGUUCUCAAGGUUGCACCAACUGCCAACGGCCAAAUCACGCCAUCCGCGACUGCCGUGUGCUGCAGAAGCACCUGCGCACUGGUACUGUCAAGGAGGGCACAGUGCUGUCGGCGAACUUUGGCAUUAUCGAUCGCAAGCCGAGGGAUGACCACAACCCCUUCCCGGCCAAGCAGCAGCGCACCCAACGCUCGGAUGACCGGCAGCGCCCACCCUCUCGCAAUGAGAAUGGGUUCUAG